AUGGCAAAGCAGUCAGGAUCCCCCAAGGUAAGUGGGAACCAAGGUGCCAUUUAGGAGAUAUCCGGAUCCUGGCCGGCUAGAGGAGUCCAGCUCUCCUCCCAGCUCUCUUGCAGGACAGAGGAAGUAGCUUUUGCAGACCCAGUUUGGUCCUCGUGAUGCUAAUGGAGCUUUUGUCAAUUGUCACUUCAGUGAUAAGGAAAAAUCCUGGGGUGCAGAUUUACUCCGCUGCCUGGCUCGUCGGGGUGCCACUCCCCGCGAAUCCCUCUGGUCAGCAGGAGGAGGAGUCUCCAGCCAAGUUAAAGAAGCAAAACAGUGGCCAGUAGACCUGAUCUUUAUUUGUUGCAACAAGGUUCAAGCACACAGAGAAUAGGAACCCCGAGCUUGGGGUUGCGUGAACUUUAAAGACCUUCUGCCCCUUCCCAUAAUACAAUUCCAGAUACAUCACAAAUAUGUCACAAAGUAGGAGUGCUUGGCAUGUAGAAACAUGAGCCCAUCACCCACUCCUGGCAAUAACCCCAGUUCCUGACACCUUUUAACUACCCUCUCCCCCAAGGAACACAGGCCCCACAGAUUUAUGAUAAUCCUCUCUCAAGUUUGCACUUUUGAGGACCCGUGUCCCGGGGCGUUGGAUUUGCUGACCGAAGGCUGCUAGUAGCUAACAUGUUAUGUUGCAACAAACAUUCCAGGGGCAGAAGUGGUGGCUCAGAUCCCGUCGGAAAGAUUCUGGUAAGUGUUCCCCCAUUGAGUUUAACAUCCUGCUGCAUAGGAUAGGGAAUAUCAUAGAGGGUUGCCAUGUGCCCUCUUUUUCCAGUAAAGGUAAAGGUAAAGGGACCCCUGACCGUUAGGUCCAGUUGUGGCCGACUCUGGGGUUGCGGCGCUCAUCUCGCUUUACUGGCCAAGGGAGCCGGCGUACAGCUUCCGGGUCAUGUGGGCAGCGUGACGAAGCCGCUUCUGGCGAACCAGAGCAGCGCACGGAAACGCCGUUUACCUUCCCACCAGAGCGGUACCUAUUUAUCUACUUGCACUUUGAUGUGCUUUCGAACUGCCAGGUGGGCAGGAGCAGGGACUGAGCAACGGGAGCUCACCCCGUCGCGGGGAUUCGAACUGCCGACCUUCUGAUCGGCAAGUCCUAGGCUCAGUGGUUUAGACCACAGCACCACCUUUUCCCCAUCUUUUCCAGUAGAAGUUGGCAAAUGUGUCCUCUUUUUUGCUCCUCAAAAUAUGUUUGUGUGUGUGUUUAUUCCAUAUACAGUGGUACCUCGGUUUAAGUACUGAAUUCAUUCCGGAGGUCCGUACUUAACCUGAAACUGUUCUUAACCUGAAGCACCACUUUAGCUAAUGAGGCCUCCUGCCGCUGCCGCGCUGCCGGAGCACAAUUUCUGUUCUCAUCCUGAGGUACCACUGUACCUGAAAGAACACUGUAAACAAUUAAAAACAUUAGCAGGACUACAAUAACACUUGCAAUGUGAAAAAGACUAUGGUUAAAAUUUGAGUUAUAUAGAUAAAUAGAGAAUGGUAUGAGAUGCAGAAGAAAAUGUUGUUUGUGGACUCCACGGAGGGGAGGAGGGAGGUCGGAGAAUUCAGAGAAUUCAAUAUUUCAUUAUUGUAUUCUAGGUUUGAAUGUCAAAUCAUAAAUGUAAAAUUAAUUUAGAAAUUUUUUUUAAAAAAAAAUAAAAGGGACGGGUAUGAAGGGGGGACUCCCCCCCUUACGUGUAAUGGAUCCCCAGGGGAUCCACUGCAAGAAUGUGGUUGGUCAAGGGAGCCGUGGGCUCGAAAAGUUGAAGAGCACUGCUCUGACGUGAUCUUUCUAAUUCACAGGGGACAAGGAUGAAUCAGAACUGUGUAUCGUCCUUCUUGGCAAGGCCGGUGUGGGGAAAAGUGCCACAGGGAACACCCUCCUCGGACGGGAGAAAUUUCACUCGGCCUUUUCAGCUAAGCCAACAACUCAGAACGUCCAGAAGGAGAGUGGGGAAUUUAAGGGCCAGAAGUUUUCUGUGAUUGACACGCCCGCUGUCUCUAGUUCAAAAUCUCUCAAACAGCACAAGCAAGAGAUCAAAAAACUCUGCAAGUCCAGUCCUUACGUUCUGGUCUUUGUGAUAACAGUGGGCCGUUUCACUCCAGAAGACAAGAAAACUGCUAAAAAGGUCAAGAAAAGGUUUAGGAAGAAGUUCAGGAAGCGCAUGCUUGUCUUGUUCACCCACAAAGAGGAUCUGAAAGGUGAAUCCUUGGAGGACUAUGUGGAGAAGUCCGAAAACAAGGCGCUCCUGAAACUGGUUAAGAAAUGUGGGAAUCGCUACUUUGCUUUGAAUAACAAUACAGCUGGAGAAGAGAAGGAGGAGGCCUCCAAGCUGCUGAUGGAAAAGCUCUGGGAGAUCCUUCACGGGGACGGAUCAAGGCCCUGCACAGAAAAAGGGAAAGAGGAGGAAAGGGGAAAGAAUUGA